UCUCUGAAACAACAACAGAAAAUAAUAAACAAAAAACUGAAAUCCCUUCAUCGGAUUCGAAUUCUGUUGAGCACAAAAGUGAAUUAGCAACAUUUAAUGAGGUAAAGGGGAGGAUUUACGAGCAGAGUCAGAUUUUCGAAUGCAUUAAAUUGUUCUAAUUAAUAUUUAUUAUUCGAGUAAAUAAUUUCAAAAUUAAACUUUAAAUUACAUUUUUUUAAUUUUCAAUUUUUAUCAAAGUAGGAGGACCACCAUCUCUGCUGUUCUGAUUAUUUUAGUGAAUUAGCAGAAUUUGUUAAGUCAAUGAAUUUGGGAAUGGCUUUUGAAGUGCCAGAGGGUGUUAUUCAAUUAAAUGUUGGGGGGACUUGUUAUUUAACUACUGUAGAGACUUUAAAAAGAGAUCAAUGUUCUUUACUUGCACAAUUAUUAACGGUUGAUGGAAUGGAGGCUAAUUCUAAAGUUGCCAAAAGAAUGAGUAAUGGGGCUGUAUUUAUUGACAGAGAUGGAGAAUUAUUUGCUUAUAUUCUCGAUUUUCUUCGUAGUGGAAAACUUUUAUUGCCAGAAAAUUUUCGUGAAUUGGCACGUCUUAAAGAGGAAGUUCAAUUUUAUCAAUUGGAAGAGUUAAUGCAACAAUUAAUUCCUUAUUAUAAUUUAAAAUAUCCAACAAGAACUUCAUCUACAAAUAUAAAUAACAGUACAAAUUCUGCUGCAGCAGCUGUUGCUGUAGCUAGAACAAAUGCUCUUUAUGAGACGGGUGGAUUUAUAACACUUGGUUAUAGAGGAACUUUUGCUUUUGGUAGAGAUGGACAGGCAGAUGUUAAAUUUAGAAAAUUACAUCGAAUAUUAGUUUGUGGUAAAGCACAACUUUGUAGAGAAGUUUUUGGUGAUACUUUAAAUGAAAGUAGAGAUCCAGACAGGGAAGGGGCUGAAAGAUAUACAGCAAGACUUUAUUUAAAGCAUCAAUGUUUAGAAAGAGCUUGUGAUAAUUUAUCUGAAAAAGGUUUUCGUUUAAUUACCGCCUGUUCUAGUGGGGCAAAUGGACUUGUAUUAACAGCGAGUAAUCAACAAUCACCUGCAAAUAAUAGCCAGGUCCCUUUUCAGCGUGAAAGUGGAGAUAUGGAAGAACAACGUUGGGCACAUUAUACAGAAUAUGUAUUUUAUAGAGAACCCCAAUUUGGGUUAUUUACAAGUCCAGAUAUUAGUCCAAGAAUUUAA